AUGCACGGCCCUUGGCUGAGGUUGCUCGUAACCUGGGCGCUCUUUGCCCUGCCGGCGUUUGCGUACAUUGUCGGCAUCGAGGAUAGCGAGGGGCUGCGACAGACAUGCAGUGGCAUGUUUGCUGGCAAGAAUACCUCGAUCGAUGUCGUGUUCUACCCCAAGUCCCAAGGGCGCGCGACGGCGCUCGUGUACGAGCUGAACGAGCUCAGUCAUAUCGGAAAGUUUGACCAGGUGCGGCAGCAGUAUGGCCAGAUUUUCAAAACGUACGUGUGCAGCACACAGGCCGUGGAGCACGGAUUGUGCACCGAAAAGGACCUCGGCAACUUUAUUGUCGACGACUCGCGCGGCAAGACGUACACGGUCCAGCAAAAGCAGUUUGACUUUGGCGCAGGGAGCACGACGACCAACGUUUUUUCGUACAAUGUUACUGUCACUGGCUACUACUGUGCCGUGGCCACGUCGCUGAGCCCAGCUGCCGACCCGGCCCAAACGAACCAGCGUCUGAACCAGUUUUCGGGCCACGUCGACUUCCACAACGUGUUUCGCGGUAAUCUUCCGGCGGCAGAGCAUCCCAAGCUCAUGUUUUACGGCCUGAUGACUCUUCUCUAUGUGAUCCUCGGCGCAGUGUGGCUCACGUUUUGUGGCAUUCACCGCGAGCAGAUUGUCACGGUACAGCACUUUAUUUCGGCUACAAUCAUCUUUCUUGUGAUUGAGUUGGCGUGCCAAUGGCUGUAUUAUGCGUAUUACAACAACCACGCAAUCGAUUUUGCACGUUUCCGUGCGGUGGACGGAAGCUCGUCGGUGACGACCACGGCGCGUUUCCUGUUGGUGCUUACGAAUGUGCUGAGUGCGAUGCGCGACAGUCUCUCCUUCUUUCUCCUGCUGAUUGUGUCGAUGGGCUACGGUGUAGUGCGUCCCACUAUUGGCUCAGUCCUGCGCAAGGUGCAGAUUCUCACUGCCUUGCACUUUGUCUUUGGCGUAAUGUACUCCAUCGGCAUUAUUUUGAUUCUGCUCGAGAUGAACGGCAGCUGGAUUUUCCUCUUCAUCUUCCCGCUCGCCGCGACACUCACUACGUUCUUAAUGUGGAUUCUGCACUCGCUCAAGUCGACGAUCCAGUACCUGACCAACCGCAGGCAGACGUACAAGCGCGGUAUGUUCCAGCGCCUGUACUAUAUCCUGAUCGGUGCUGUCGUGGCCAUUAUGGGCUUUUUCUUCUUUUCGUCGUUCUUGGUCGCAAGCAACGGAACGAGCGAGUUGGCGACGACUUCGUGGCAGUACCGUUGGUUCUUGUUGGAUGGGUCGCUGAGUAUCCUCUAUUUUGUCGUCUUUACGUCGAUUGCCUAUGUCUGGCGGCCGACCGGUCAAAACAUGCGUCUCGCGACCUCGGAUGAGCUGGCGACAGACGAGGAAGCGGAUGUGGGCGACUAUGAAGUGCAUACGCUUGGAGGCGAUGACGAGCUCGAUGAUGAUGCAGUCGAAGUUGGAUCGCAGCACCUGAAAGACCUCUCGCACAUCCACGAGACGGAUCAGCACGAGGGCUUGCCGCCGUAUUCGGGCGGCCCAAGUCGCGCUUCUUCGAUGCACAAGGCCAAGGGUGACGACGACGAGCUUGUGUUUGAUGCGGACGAUGCAGAGUAUGCACCCCCGAUGCGUCCGUCGUACGAUGCUGGUGGGAACGAGGUUGAAAGGGAACGGCUACAACUCUCGGACGAUGAAGGCGAUGCACGCAAGAAAGAUUAA